GAUCAGACUCUCGGGCUGGACUUGUGCUGGAUCCAGCAGGUGGGCAGGCAGAGAAAAAACGGCAUGCGCAGCAGCCGGUUGUGUGGAUCGCAAUGCCCAGGCGACGGAAGGACGGCCGACUGCGACCCAGCGAUCGAACUCAUCGCAAUCUCAGCCAUCGUCUGCAAGCCAGCCCGCAAGCCAGCCCGCAAGUAAAUCCGCAACAUCGACUGCAAUGCUGACCCUUGCAGACUCCAGGACCACGCUGAUCGGCACCGCCCUGGCAGCCUCGGUUGUCACGGCCUGCACCAUCCUCGGCUUCCAGCGGUGGACCAAGAAAGCGGCCAUCAGCGAGUUCAAGCGAGAGCUCCAGGAGCAAAUCUCGGUCUCUGGCUCGGCCUUCUCGCAGCUCGGUGCAAGCGACCCUGCGGCUGAGGAGGAACUUGUUCGGGAGCAGCUCUCCCGUAACUAUGCAUUUUUGGGCGAAAACGGUGCAGCCCGGGUUCGGGGCUCGUUUGUGAUCGUCGUUGGAGUCGGCGGUGUUGGAAGCCAUGCGGCCCAUAUGCUCCUGCGUGCCGGCGUGGAGCGUCUUCGGCUGAUCGACUUUGAUCAAGUCACACUCUCGAGCCUGAACCGCCAUGCCGUCGCCACUCAGGCGGACGUGGGCACGCCCAAGGUCGUAUGCCUGCAGAGGCAUUUCCAGAAGAUCUUUCCCAAAGCGAAGGUCGAGGCUUGCGUCGAAAUGUUCCAGCUCAACAGCGCCGGGGGCCUGUUGAAUGGCAACCCAGACUUUGUUUUGGAUUGCAUCGACAACCUCCAAACCAAGAUCCAGUUGAUCAAGUACUGCUAUGAAUCCAAGCUGCGCGUCAUUUCAUCGAUGGGAGCCGGUGCCAAGGCGGAUCCCUCCCGCAUCCAGAUUGCGGACAUCAGCGAAACUUAUGAGGAUCCGCUUGCAAGAACUACUCGUCGCGCUCUCAAGAAGGAAGGAAUCGAGUCUGGUGUCCAGGUGGUCUACUCGACCGAGAAGCCGGGCACUGUCAAGCUCCUUCCCCUGGACGAGGACAAGGUUUCGACGGCACAGGAGUUUGCUACGCUCCCAGACUUCCGAGUCAGAAUCCUACCAGUGCUUGGCACCAUUCCCGCCCUCUUCGGCAUGGCGAUGGCAUCGUAUGUCAUCACGGAGCUGGCACACUUCCCGACAAGCCCGCUGGCGAUCAAAAAUCGCGAGCCCACAUACACUCGUAUCCAUCGCGACAUCUGCAACCGUGAGAAGGAUGUUUAUGCUUCCAGCCCCCACAUCCCACUCAGCAUUGCCGACGUUGGAUAUAUCUUUGAUGAGAUCUGGCGCGGACGCAGCGCCCUCUCGGGAGCCAUGGACAAGGUCACGUUGUGCCGGUGGGACCGCACAAAGCCCAUCAGCUUCGGUAACGUCGUGUGUCUCUCCAAGACCGAAGCGGCCAAGCACGAUUUGCUGGCGCCGGAGCAGCUGGAGGAGCACUACGGCCCCGAGUUCAUCGCGUUAGUCCGCCGGAAGUUCGAAGAGGAACGGGAAAUCAACAAGUGGAGGCUGUAGACGGGUGUCUGUUGAUGAUGAGUGUCUGCUGAUGAGUGCCUGCAGAAAAGGAGUGUCUGGAACGGAUACGGAUGUGCAAAUCAGAUAGUGCGACCCGGCUCGCCACUCCGGCAAUGAAAAUACACCAACAGGAUCAUCUCGA